AUGGACCAAAAUGGACGCCCGGCCUCUCAGAUGGUCCUCAAUGGCAAUGAUCAAAUGGCGCACUAUGGCUCCCAUAUGCAGUAUCAGAAUCAGCCGCGACCGCUGUCUGUGGAUGAAGCACUGCAGUACUCAUCCAUGUCCAGCGCGCCGGUAUUUGGACUAGACUGCAUCCUACGCCCUGAUGUUGGCCGGCCCUCGAACACUACUUCCAUAAACCACGUCCUGCAAGAAGGCCGCAAAACGCUCGGUGAACUUGACGCGGAGAUGCAUGCUGGACCGGACGAAUCUAGCCGCUUGGAGACGUCGCGAGAAUACAUCCAACAGUUACUGGAUGGAGACCAGUUGACAGAAUUUAAAUUCAAACUUCCUCGUGUUCCAACCCGAAGUCAGCAAUUACGUCCAGAUGACCCCAAUGGCGCCUCUUCCGGUCGCAAUAGCCUUGGCUCUUUUGCACGAAUGAUGCUUGAGUCUACGGACAUCGCAUUCAGAUACCCGGAAGCACACCCAGAAACCGAACCCAAGAAGGAAGACCUCACAUCGAAGACUGCUGCCACGUUGAAUCAGCGCGCACACGCUGCGAACAAAUCGACCCCGGCCUCUUUCUCGGCUUCCUUGGAGCAAGAUCGCCCCCCAACACCGAGUCAGUUACCGCCGGUUGUUCCAGUCAAACCCAUACCUUCACAUGAAAACCACGCAAACGCGAAGAAGCCCGAGGUGAAAUCUCAGGCUCAGGACGUCGAGGCAGGGGUGCGAUUGAAGGACCAAAAAGCAGAAGCAGAUUCAGCCUUGCAAAAGCUUCAGGAUCUUCUACACGAGAUUUUCGAAGCAGAAGACCAGAUUGAACCUGAAACUUCAAUUCCUGCGGCCUCCGACACCCCAAAUCCCGUCUUCGUGAACCUCACUUCGUCAGAGGUGCAUGGGCUGGUGCUAUCUUCUGACGCUCACACUCGUCUUCAGAACGCUCUUCGAAAAGUUGCAGUGUUUGACAGACUCCAGGACAUACCGUCCGAUUAUCUCAAUCGCAUCCAGAAAUUGUGUGAAAAGUCAAUAAUGGCCGCACAGUCUCCCGAUAUAGGCCUAGGUGACUCCCUCGGUGAGCAUGAAUCCCAAGAGUGGCUAGGUAAAAUUGAGGAUGUCCUGAACGCAUUAUUUGCGAUUGGAACAUUGCUGCGAACGAUGUCUGGGCGCCAGACGGAGCGAGAACUUUGCCCAGAAGAUCUCAUUGAGGCUAUUCCUACUGUCCUCAAUCAACUAUUUGACCAUUGCGUAAUUCCCGCAGUCGAAUCGCGCCCCGGUGGAAAGGAUGGCCAGCACUUUCAGUUCUUCUCCGCUCAGAGGAGGAUCAUCGGGAACCUUGUUCAUCAGAGCAAGAAAGUUCUAACCCUCUUUGCAGACUUUUUAUCUCGCAUUGAGGUUUCCGAGGGGACCAUCACAGCCGCAGAGUUCUUUGCUGCGAAGCUGAUAUUUGUGGAAAGUGCUCAUAAUGAGAAAGACUCCGCUUUGGGCUGCCAGAAGUACGAGCCCGCGAGACGAGCCGCUAUGGAUGUGCUUGCAAAGGUGUUUUCUAAAUAUCCAGAGCAGCGACCAUUCAUUCUGGAUGAAAUACUGGUCUCAUUGGAGAAGCUUCCGACCACACGUCAGAAUGCCAGACAAUUCAAAGUUGCAGAUGGGAAGAACAUCCAACUCCUCACCGCACUCGUCUUGCAGUUGGUUCAAACAACUGCAUUGGAAACACCCACCCAAUCGAAAGCAAAACGUCAAAUCAAAACACAAGAAAAUGAUGACGACGAUGAGCUUAUGGGCGAUGGCGAGGAUCAUGUUGAUGGCGAGUCUGAUGACAACGAAUCAGAUGAAUCAUUGGAACGUCUAGCGAGCAAGGCCAACCGACUCUAUGACAACGCCAUGCGCUCCGCGCAAUACAUUGUGAACUUCAUCGUUCAGCGUGCUAUGAAUUCGACAAAAACAGGCGAUCAGCCUUACAGGAACAUCCUCGACCUUUUCACUCAAGAUCUGAUCAAUGUACUUGGAUCGGCUGAUUGGCCGGCCGCGGAACUGCUUCUUCGGAUCUUGGCGCUGCGCAUGAUUCAAAUCACCGACCAAGACAAGAGCGCGGCGACUGCGAAGAGCAUGGCACUCGAGCUCCUGGGAUGGAUGGGGUCCGCUAUCUCAGACCUGAUAGCAACUGCCCAACACAUGCUUCCAGCCCUGGAGGACUCUGAGGGCGAGUUGACGGAAUAUCUCAAACAGCAAUUCGAGGAAUUCUCUUCCGGGUCGCUACAUUAUCAAGAUCUAAUCACCCCAACGGGUUCCUAUAGAAUUGCACUAGAGCAUCUUUUGCAAGACCAGAAGUCCGACAAUUGGCAACUGACCAGCGCACGGGGUUACUACUUAGCCCAGUGGGCCAAAUCCGCUUGUGCCCUUUACUACAACUCGGAAAACCAGGAAGAAAUUGCACAUGAUGAUAUGACUGAUGGUCUGGUUACUCUUUUAACAAGGUCCUUCUCAGAUCCGCGCUGGUUGGAGACCCAUAAGGAAUUCGACAACAUCCCGAACGUCCAUGGAAAAUUCGCCUACAUUUUGACAGUGUUGAACUCCAAUUUUGGUAAAGCAUUUGAUACCAUCCUCAAAGUCCUAUUGGCAUCCUUCCUAGGAGACUCCGCCAAGGUUCGCAGCCGCAGUCUGAAAAGUGUCAUCUACAUGCUUGAGAAAGAUCCGAAUCUUCUUGACAGGGAUCCCUCCGUCCUGCGCGUUAUACAUCGGUGUACAACAGAUGCCUCGCCCAUGGUCCGAGACUCUGCGCUACAGUUGAUCGGGCAAUGCAUUGCUUUGAAGCCUAAGCUCGAAGAAGAGGGGUGUAAAAGCAUUCUAGCCUGCGCGGCCGACCAAACUGCUGGGGUUAGGAAACGCUGCAUAGGGCUCUUGAAGGAUCUGUACCACAAAACGCCUCGAAAAGUGUUGAAACUGGCCAUUCUUGAUAGCUUUCUGCAACGCACAAGCGACCUUGAAGAAAGUGUGGCUUCUCUGGCUCGCCAAACCUUUGAAGAAAUCUGGCUUGUGCCAUUUCACGAAUUGAUUGAUUCCUCGACCGAAGGUCCAAAACUCAAAAUUGCCCUCGGGGAACAGGUGGACCUCAUCGUCGGCCUGAUCGAGCGCAGCGAAACUGCAUUGGAGUCUCUCGGCGUUUGUUUGAAAGCAUUGCUUUCGGACAAAUCCAAGUCAGCAGCGUUGAACUUCAGAGUUUGUAAGGCCAUGGUCGCUACUAUGUUCCAGAAGCUGGUAGAGGAUUCAGAUGGGUCCAGCAAGGAUUUCCAGCAAGCCCUUCUACUGACCAUCACUGUCUUUGCCAAAUCAAAUGCGAAGCUGUUCAGCCCAGAUCAGCUGGAAGCCCUCCACCCUUACAUUGGACAUCUUUCUACCGCAGACGAUCUUUUCAUAUUCCGGUCUGUUGUCGUCAUCUAUCGCUGCGUCUUGCCGUUCUUGUCCUCAUCGCAUAAUACACUUCUGAAGGAAGUGCAGAAUGACCUCUUCAAAAGCGUCGCCAAGCUUGCCCGCUCUGAAUUGAAUGAGGUCAUGGCGUGUUUGUGGACCAUCAACGGUGUUCUACAGAACACGAACAGACUGGUGAAGCUGACAGUCUCAGUACUGAAACCAUUGCAACAAUAUAAGAGUGUUGACCUCUCUUCGACCGCACAAGCUGCAGUUCUGGCUCGUGCCAAGAGCUAUAUCCGUAUUGCGGGGUCUGUUGGGCGGCAUUGCGAUCUUGAAAAGUAUGCAUCUCAUUUCAAAAAGGAGUUCCCCACCUGGACCGGUGGCUCAGUUGCGGCGUUGAUGGUUGAUUCCAUCAUUCCAUUCACCGGAUCGAAGUCACCUGUUGAUCUGCGGGUUAUGGCCCUUGAAAGCUUGGGAUCUAUCUGCCAGUCUUGGCCUGGUCAAUUCGGCAGAGAAUGUUCACGGCAGACCUUUGCCCAGACGUUUAAGGAAGAUGCCCCCAGUCUGCAGAACAUUGUCCUCCGGUCAUUUGCGGACUUCUUUGCCAUCCAUGAAGGCAAGUCCGAAAAGGCUGUCAUGUCGGCUACCCAAGAUUCUGCCCAGGAGAGUACCACGCGAUUGGGCGGCUCUUUGAAAGCCAGCGACAAUGAUGGCGCUGCUGCGUUGAUCGCCCAGCACUUCCUUUCAAACAUGGUUCAGGUGGCGCAAUCACGCCAGGACACCUAUUCCCUGACUGCCAUUGAACUCAUUGCGAGUAUAAACAGACAGGGUUUGGUGCAUCCAAAGGAAUGCGCGGGUGUCCUUGUCUCUCUCGAGACUUCCACAGUCCCUGCAAUCGCGAAGAUCGCGUUUGAUACCCACAAGAUGCUUCAUCAACAAUACGAAUCAAUGUUCGAGCGAGAGUACAUGCGGGCUGUGCAAGAAGCAUUUUAUUACCAGCGAGAUAUUGUUGGCGACCCUAGCGGCGCUACACCCCGGCCUUACGCACCAAAGCUCGCACCCUUGUUUGAAAUCAUCAAAAUCAGCAACAGCCGUUACCAGAAAAAGUUCCUUGCGAAUCUUUGCUCCAAGAUCAACUUUGAACUAAAGAAAUUGGAUACAACGGGUAAUCCUCCUGAACAUCUCUUACUAGCACGCUUUAUAUCACAAAACUUGGCCUAUUUCGACUACAGUCAAUUGGCCGAAGUGGUGCCUACCAUCGCGUGUAUGGAGCGCAUUGUCUCUUCGACUGGCACCAUAGUCGCACAUGCGAUUGAGACAGACAUAUCCCCCACUCCAAUUGGCCCGCCUCAGUUAGAUGCUUCAGGCAUGCCAGGGUUUGCGCCUGAUAUAGCCUCAUCGACGAUCACACCGCGGCCAGCAAAUCCUGAGACUUUGCGGUCAUUAGCUACUGCAGCUGCAUCGUUGUCAAUGCUCUGGGAAGCUCGAACCCAUCUUCGACGCCUUUACGGAGUGAAUUCUCAUAGUAAGAAUAAAGAGGGAAAGCCCGCCACGAAGGAACUCAACAAAGCUGCCACCAAGGUCCACGGAGUGACAGGCGACAAGUUCUGGGAAGCCAUUGCGAGGAACAUGGCAGCCUUAGACACCGAGGAGGCCAUGCACCAAAAGUGCCGUGAGUUCGCAACACUACUCUCCAUUGACGAGGAGUUCAGGGUGGAUGCAGAUGAGGAUGCAGAAGGGGAUAGUCUGGAAGCUGCUGGAGAUCUCGACGGGAUAAUGGCUCCUCGGCCCAUGAAGCGCAAGAGCUCCGUCUCCAGCUCGAAUCUCAGCAAGCGACCCAAGAGCCGGAAGAGCUCCGUCGGAAGGAAGAAGUCUACUGAGCCGGACGAAGACCAGGAUUAG